AAGAAAUAUUUGACAUUAUUUGAUACACGUGUGAAGGCCUAAUGUUUUGAUUACGCUCAUUGUUGGUAAUAAAUUUUGUGAAAUAAAUCAGAAUUUGCAAGCGAGAAUGAGUAAAAAUCUAUUUGACGGAUCAGAUGAAAGCGAUGGCGAGGAGCUGCAAUUAAGUACCAAUAAAGAAUACGCAAAAUCUUACAACGAUUUUCGAAAAAAGGAACUGCUGAAGAAAUUCAAGGAUCGUGGUUAUGAUGUUGACUCGGAAUCAAGUAGUGACAGCGAAACUUCGUCAGAUGAAAAUGAAGUGGUUGAUCAGAACUUCGAUAAAGAAUUCUUGAAAACCUUGGCAUCAUUGAAAAGCAAAGACCCAGCGAUCUACGAUAAGAAUACGACAUUCUUUCAGGCAUUAAAUAGGGACACGGAAAGUGAUGGAGAAACUGAAAAUAAUAUACAAAUAGAUAAACGAAGUAAACCAGUUACAUUAAAGGACUAUGAGCGUCAAAUAAUAUUAGAAAAAGGCGGCAAAUUUGAAGAAGAUUCUGAUGAAGAAGUCCCAAAAAGAACUACAUCUCCUACGUUUGUAGAAGAGGAGCGCAAUCUGAAGGAAGAAUUUAAAAAAGCCAUUAAUACAAGUGAUUUAGAUGAAAAUGAGGAAGAAGAUGCCUUUGGGGGAAUUUUCAAAAAACGCAAUAAAACCACAGAGGAACAAGAAAAAGAGGAUGCCGAUUAUUUGAAAUGGUUGGCAGGUAAAAAAGAUGACAUUGAAGACACAAUUAAAGAAACGCUUAAACCUCUUAAAAACUAUUGGAGCAAUAAUAAAUUACCUCAGAGCGAACGUUUUUUGAGAGACUUCAUUUUAAACAAAGGUUAUGCCGACACGAAAUCCUCUGAUAUACCUACAUAUGAUGAAAUCAUAGGGGAUAAUCAACCUUUGUCGGAAGAUGAAAAAGAACUUGAAAAACAGGCGGAAUUUGAACAAAAAUUCAAUUUUCGCUUCGAAGAACCCGACGCUGAUUUCAUCAAACGCUACCCGAGAACCAUUGAACAGUCCGUGCGACAAUCAGAUGAUCGAAGAAAGCAAAAGCGGCAAGAAGUGAAGGAGCGUAAAAAGCAUGAAAAGGAACAAAAAAUGAAAGAAUUGGAUAUGGUUAAGGAAAUGAAACGAAAAGAGAUUGAAGAAAAAAUACGUAAGAUUAAACUGGUCACUGGGAAUGAGGAACUUGGAUUUAAAGAUGAGGAGCUUGAAGAUGAUUUCGACCCAGAAGCACAUGAUAAGCGUAUGCAAGAGAUAUUCAAUGAUGAAUUUUACGAGGUCGAUGAAGGUGAAGAAAAACCAGAUUGCCCCUCAGAUAUUGAUGAAUUAAAGAUUGAGGACUGGGAUAAUUUCGACCCAAAUGAGGAAGAUGGCGAAUAUUUUAAUGAUCCGCAUUGUGAAGAUGAAGAUUUUAACAUGGACUGUGAUUAUGAUCCUGAGUCAUCCAAAGAGCAACUACAAAAAGAGCUUAUCGAAAACACAAAGAAGAGAAAAGGACGCAAAGGUCGUAAAAGUGAAUUCAAGGAAAUGAUAAAGGCCGUAAAGCCAGCAUUUGAUCCAGAAGAUGAGAAAACCUAUGAAGAAUAUAUUGAUGAAUACUACAAGUUGGAUUGUGAAGAUAUGAUUGGUGAUAUCCCAUGUCGCUUCAAGUAUAUAGAAACAACACCGAACGACUUCGGUCUCACUAUAGAGGAGAUCCUCUUAGCUAAAAACAAGGAGCUAAAUCAAUGGGCGAGUUUGAAAAAAACUAUCCAAAUCCGUCCAGAACAUUUGGAGAAAAAGGAUCAAAGAUUAUACAAACUGAAGGCAAAAAAUGAAGCACUGAAACGCAAAGUAUUCAAAAGUUUAUACGGUGAAGGAUCCGAUGAGGAUGAAGGCGAGGAGGGAAAGCAAAAUGUGCAAGAUUUAAAUGAGCAAUCAGAAACAGUUGUUACAAGCAUAGUAAAUCAAGGGGAAGGUGAUGGAAGCAACAAAAAGGCAAAUAAAAAGAAAAAACGCAAAAUACAAACAAUAGAAUUAAGCAAUGAAACAUCUGAUAGCGCGGAAAAUUUCGAAACGGCAGACAACAAAUCUAACUUAAUGGAUAAUGCACCAACGCAAAGUAACGGAUCAGUUGCUGCCCCUGUAGACAUAGAAACCAAAAAUAAAAAGAAGCGGAAGAAGCGUAAAGCUAAGACUAAUUCAAAUGAAAUUACGGCGAAAUGCUCUCCAGCUACUACACCAGGUUCAGAAGUGAACUCCAGUAGCCAGAAAAAAAGCAACAUAAAUAACAAUAAAACAAAUCCAUUUAGAACAAAUCAACAUACCAAUACUAAUGACCAACCUUCAACAAAAAGUACAACUGCUGCCAUUGAAAACGCAACAAAUGAUGCACAAUUUAGCAAAUCGAAACCAUUAAAGCCAAAUCCUUUCCAAGGGAAUCAAAAAAAUAUCAAAAAGGGCACUCUCCAUGCAAUUUCGGAGAAAAAGAACAAGCAUUUUGUGGCAAACAAAGUGCAGAAAAGAAAAAGUCAGCCGAAUCAAAGGAAAUUCAAUCAAAACUCUAAAUCUACGAACGGUGGUGCAAAUAUUAGCGACGAACGUCUCAAAGCGUAUGGCAUUAAUCCAAAAAAAUUCCAUAAAAAACAGAAAUAUGGAAAGCCUCAAAAUUAGUUGACUCGCAGGUUAAAGUCAAAUUAUUUGCACAUUUAAAUACAUUUAGUUAAAAUUAAAUAUACUUUUUUUAAUUAAAUUUAGUUAAAUAAAAUGACGAUUUGCUGGUCCACAGAACGAA